ACAGGGAAUUCUCCCUGAUGGAAGAGAGAUUGCAGUUAAGAGGCUAUUCUUCAACAACAGACAUAGAGCAGCAAAUUUCUACAAUGAAGUAAACAUAAUAAGCAGUGUGGAGCAUAAAAACCUUGUCAGGUUGCUAGGAUGUAGCUGUUCAGGACCUGAAAGUCUUCUUGUCUACGAGUUCCUACCAAACAGGAGCCUUGACCGUUUCAUCUUUGGUAAUCACCAAUUAUUUUGAAUCAGAUAUCUUCACUGACCUUCCAAAUUUCAAUCCAGACUGAAACUGAUAGUUGUUACAUUGUGUCAGUAACAAAUGUUUCCAUUUUCAUUUUUUCUCAAAAACGCAACAGAUCCAGACAGAGGAAAAGUACUUAACUGGGAUAAGAGAUAUGAUAUCAUUAUUGGAACUGUAGAGGGUUUAGUCUACCUUCAUGAAAACUGCAAGACCAAAAUAAUUCACAGAGAUGUAAAGGCUAGCAACAUCUUGCUGGAUUCAAAGUUCCGUGCAAAGAUUGCUGACUUUGGGUUAGCAAAGUCUUUCCAAGGAGACCAAAGUCACAUCAGCACAUCCAUUGCUGGAACUUUGGGAUAUAUGGCUCCAGAGUACCUAGCCCAUGGCCAAUUAACAGAAAAGGCAGAUGUAUAUAGUUUUGGAGUGGUCUUACUAGAGAUUGUUACAGGGAAGCAAAACAACAAAAGCAAAGCUUCAGAAUACUCUGACAGCCUCGUUACAAUUACAUGGACACAUUUUCAAUCGGGGACGGUGCAACAGCUUUAUGACCCAAAUCUAAUGUUACACAGCUGCCAUAACAGUGAUGUGAAGAAUGAGGUUCUGAGAAUGGUGCAUAUAGGACUUCUGUGCACUCAAGGGAUUGCAGACCUAAGACCAUCAAUGUCGAUGGUGCUACAGAUACUACGGAAGAAGGAAGAACACCUCCCUGCACCUACUAGUCCUCCUUUUGUAGAUGAAAAAACAAUGGAACUAAACAACGCAUGGAAGUUUUAUCCCCUAAAUGCAUCUGAUUCAGCAUCAAUUGCCACGAUCGAACACAGUUCUUUCUAUGCAAGAUAAUGACAAAGUUUGAUGGGGAAGAAAAAGGUCAAUUUUGCAAAGGAUUUUGAGAAUCAAAUAACAAUCUAGCUCGCUCGAAUGCCUUCUUUUGAGCACUUGAUGAGGUAACAAAGAUGAUUAAGUGACCCCUGUUGAUAUUGUAAAUAAAAUGAAGAUUUGGAUCCAGGAAUUAAUUUAUAGAUACAGGAAUGAGGACGGUAUAGUCCUCUACUACUACGACGUGGUUUUUUUAAAGGCACACAUCAUUGUGAACAUAGAAUAUUUGUUCAACUUUGCAUAAAUUUAUCAACUCGUU